AUGAAGGAGUACUACGGAAGGGAGAAAAACCGCUGGGUGAAUCAAAAUGGAACAAAGAGCAUAGCACAAAGCAGCAACGUGCAAAUGAGCAAAGAGGACAAUUACGUGUUCAUCGAUGAAAAAUAUAAAAGCUACUUUGACAACAUAAGUGAUCUAUUUGAAGACAAGGUGGAGUACAUACUGAAGAAACAUUUUAAGAAGAACGAGCCGACGAAUAAAAACAAACUGCUUUGCCUAAACGUGUGUGUGUUGUGGCAGAAGAGGUUUUUGGUUCUCCUGAGCAGGUGCCUCAAUGAGUUCGAAGCGUAUAGGAAGAGGAACGAAUUGAAGGAUGACGAGAAGGGGUUGAACGUAGCAGAAGCGGGUGGAAAGAAACAACCAACCUGUGAAGAGUCAGGGAAAGGAACAAACGAAUCUGGUGAGGAAACAAACCAAACAGAUACAAACAACCAAUCCGCAGAAGAAUUAAAGAGCUUCAUUAAGAACGUAAAAAUAGUUGACCAGGAAAGCAUCGAAGUGGUGUAUGAUGCGAAUGAACUGAGCGACGACGGUAGACCCUGCGCUCAACUAACGACAGACGAAAUUUAUUACCUCCUGGUGGAGUCCAAAAAGAGUGAAAACGAUUUGAAAAAAAAUAUUUUCACAUUUUUGAAGUACCUUCCUCUGUUUAUCAAGUGUAUAGAAAAUAAAAGUUUAAUAGAAAAGUCUAUCUUGGAAGCUAAGCUUCUUUUAAAUGAUCCCAACGGAGGUAACCUUAAUGAGGAAGAGGUUCCCCACUCGGAUGAAGUAAAUGUAAAUGUGAACCAUAAACAGGAAAAUCUUUCCCCCAUGGACAUACAAAACAAGUUAGACGAAAUUGUACACUUUGAUUGUAAUUUGUCUGAAAAUUUGGAGACCAUUUUUAAGGCCGGAGUGGGGAUCAUAGAUAUGACAGGUGGGAAGAAAUUUUGCACCGGUGGGAUGGAUACCUUAGGUGGAACCCACGGGGGGAAUGACUCCACUAAACAGACCACCAAUCGGAUGGAAAAUGAGCAGUCACAGGAACAGCAACAGGAACAGGACGCUGAGACAGCAGAUGAAUACUUACAACAGCAGGCCACCUUCAACAAUUUGGCAGAUGUGUCUAAAAAUUUCUUCAACAAAAAAAAUAACAACUCACUUAUCCUCCCUCUGUCGAAGAUUAACGACCUGUCUCUCAUAAAUAAUAUAAGCACCCGGUCGAACAACGACGCGAAGGAAGAGCACUCAGAAAGCGAAGCCGCCUUCUACAUUUACAAAAACAGCAUGGAUAAACUUAACCUCUACGGGGUGGACUUGCUCAUAAAUUUAAACAACAAAUUGAUAUACAAGGUUAAUCACAUUUAUAGUUUGAUUCAGUUUUACUCUAUGCUGGCCAAGGAUGUGUUCAACGAGGGGUAA